AUGUCCAACCCAGCGUUUCCCGACAGCACCCGUGGCACGCCCGCCCUGCCGAUGGUCCCAGACCUCGGCAUCGACACGCCCGUGGUACGUGUGCCAAACACAGUCUCCAACGAACAAUACCAGGAGAUCCCGGCGUGGACGUACAGGAAGUUUCAGCUCACUGAUCUCUUCUACUCGAAGGUUGGUAUAUCGGCGACCACUGCCCUCUGCACCUUCUCCGUGCUUUCGGUACUUAACCCCCCUUUCGUUCAAGAGAAAAGCGACAACCCUAUCGAAAUCAGCAAACCCAGCUUCACCAUCCUCUACUGUAUCUCCCUCUUUGUUUUCUUGUUCAUGAUGAUCGUCCCUGUGAUUUAG